UAUUCCGUGAUGUAUUUGAUUUCUGAUAGAUUAGAAUCAUUUAUUCUUUAUUCCUAAUUUCUUAUUCCUUCUAUUGUGCGCAGAGCCUUAUGCUGUGACCGAGCUUUGGCCGAUCUCUAUUUAUAGGAUCAAUAGUUUAGAAUCGUUCGGUCGCUAGUAACAGUAAUGUCCCGAUCUUGUAUAGUAAGGAUUGAUAAUUAAAAAAUGUUUUCAAUGGUUUUUUUUUUGUAGUUGCAAAAUUAUACAAUAUAUUGUCUUAAUUUAAAUUUAUAGAAAAAUGAAAUUAUUAUCAACUGUGAACAGGCAAUCGGUGUUACCGAUUUUACUCGGCAUAUCCUUAACAACUUUUGGAUUAUCAGUGGCAAUUUUGCUGUACACUAUGGUUGAAAAAGAUGAUAAUGAUGAUAGAAAGAAAUAUGGUCGGAUAUCUAAAUGCAAAAAAAUUUGUGUGGAAUUUAAAAUGUCUGAGAAGUAUGUAUCUGCUGUUAUUGGUAAAGGUGGUGCUGUAAUAAGAAAUAUAGAAGAGUUAACCAACACAUGCAUUAAGAUGGAAAAGGCAGACUUAUAUUGUUCAGAUCGUGUCUGUUACAUUUGGUCUGAUAACGCAGAAAACAUUUAUUCAGCAGAGAAUAUGAUACAAUCUAUAAUAAACAAUCUACCUGUCAUUGAAACCUUUGAAUUGUUUGUCCCUUUUGAAGUUUCUAGAAGAAUUUUUAAAAAAAAUUGGAAUGAUUUUGGAUUUGUGCAAGAGAUUCGAAAAACUCAUGGUACAAAAAUUAUACUUGAGAGUGAUCCUCAUAAAACUGAAACUGGACUCAAAAGAAGGAUAAUAUUAAAGGGAACUGCUGAUCAAAUAGCGGCAGCCAUUAUUCAAAUAGAAGAUAAAGUACAAGAUGAAAUUAAAGCUGAAGUUCAACUAAGAACGCAAGUUACAACUGCAAGAAUAUCUGAAUUAUCCCAUAUUAACAUUGAUAUUAAAAAUACAACAGAGGAUCAUUCUGAUAUUGAAACUUAUAAAUUAUUAGUGCCACAUGAAGCUUGUGGAAGAAUUAUAGGAAAAAAUAGAUGCACAGUGCAAGAAAUGGAAAGAUUCUCUGGUUCAAAAAUCAUACUUGAAAAUGUUGCUAAUAAAUUUGAAAAUGGUUUAAUGGAAGUAUAUGUAUCUGCAAUGGAAACGCCAAGUCUGUUUUGGAUUCAAGUGGUUGGUUCUGCAAAUAUUCAUUUACAACACUUAGUACACGAUAUGACAAAAUAUUACAACGAAAAGGAAAAUUGUCAACUCCAUACCUUGAAAAAAAUAAUAGUAGGUCAAAUGGUAGCAGCAAGAUUUAAAUAUGACAACAAGUGGUAUCGUGCAGAAGUAAUAUCCGUUAUGGAAUCUUCUGAAUAUAAAGUCUUCUUUGUAGAUUAUGGAGAUUUGGAAAUUGUUCCCAUAGAUGAUAUAUUAGAACUUCGUACAGAUAUGUUAAGCUUACGCCUGCAGGCUGUGGAGUGUUCGUUGGCAAACGUAAAGCCACGAGAAAGCGAAUGGAGUUCCAAAGCUAACGACAAGUUCGCUGAACUUACUCAUUUAGCGAAAUGGAAACCGCUCAUUGCUCAAGUUAAAGGCUACAAAGAACGUUCAGUUGGUUAUGGAGGAUCUCGCCGUGAAAAUUCAUUGAUUCCUUCUAUCAAUCUAUAUGACAAAGAUAAUGAUAAGAACAUUAAUAUCGGAGACAGUUUGAUACAAUUGGAAAUGGCUCAAAUUGAGGAAGAUAUCCGUUCGGCAGUAAAUUUGGCGUUGUCUCGCGAUUUUCCAUUUAUACCAUUCUUACCUGAUUCUUUAUAUCUUGAUUGAAUGCAAUUCAGUUGUCAUUCAGAAGUCAAUAUUAAUCUGAAGAGAUAAUUGAAUUAUAAAGCAACACAUCAAAAGAGGUAAUAAUGUUUCUUUCUUCAUAUUAAAUAUUAGAGGUUUUCUUCAGGGUGUCUCGCGAGACUUCUCUCACCACUCAACGAGCGUUUCUCUCGACGUGCUCUUAUUAGUACAAACACAAUAUCUCGAUUAUUAUUGCAUAAUAUCACUAAACGGUAUGGUACUUCUAUGUUCAUUUCGAUCUCACCUAUCUAUGGUGGAAGUAUAGUGAAACCCAACAUGAUGUGUAAUUUGCAAGCGUCUCUCUUUGAAUCUCCAUCGUCUCUGUUUAUAAAUGUCAAUAAGAGACUAAGACUGCCAACUGUGAAACGCUAAACAUAAGGUGAUAUUCAUAGUCCGUUUUUAUUUUAAAACUGUCUUAAUAAUGCCUUAAGAUGCUAAUACUACUUCAGAUUGACUUAUGAUAUCUUAAGACAGUCUUAAAUGUAAGAAUCGACACUAUGAAUACCGACCUGCUUCGUGUCGUGAAAUUGAUACUGAAUCUUUUCUUGUUUAACACACUUUAUCUUUCUUUUUCUAUAGAAAGAGAAACAUACUGUGUUCUUUUUCUAUAUUCAUAUUACCAGGUACUCUCGAAAAUGCAUGCGAGCAGCAGAAAUCUAACAGCGCAUCUGGAGAAUGGAUGAAAUCUGGAGAAAAUUAUGCUAUCAUACUUUGUUUAGAAGUUAAACGAAAAAUAUAAGAAGUUCAAAUCAAAAUAUUCAUCAAAAUAUUGAUCGAACUGAUUUUAUUCCUUAAACAUGUUUAACUACUGAUAAAAAAUAUAUAUUGAAUAUCUUUAUCCUUUCUAUAAUGCUAUUCCUACCAAGUUUUACCAAAAUUGGAAAGAGAUACCUGGGAGCCUUUCCUUGUGAGUUACAAAAUAACAUUUUUUUUUGUUACAAAGAAUGAUGUAUAUACUUCUUAAGAAAUCAUAUUAUUAACAUAUACCUCAUUUUUAUUAUCUAAAAAAUAACAGUUCAUAAUUUGUAAUGCUUAUGUAAUUAAGAUCAAAUUCAAGAGUACGUUUCUCAUGCUAGCAGUGUUUUCAAGCAACAAUUUGUUGCUAAAAACUUUUUCGGAACCUUUAU